CUGGCUGUACAGGGUGGAUGGUGCUGGUGUGAGGAGGAGAGCAGCAUCUCAAUGAGGGCCGGGCUAAUGCAAAUCACUGCAAUAGCAGCAGAAGGAAAGCAGCUGCAGCCCAGACUCAGCAGAUCAGCAGCAGCUCAUCCAGUCCGGGGAGAUCUACAACAAAGACAGCACUCUGCCGGCAUAGUCACAAAGAACACAGCCUGUCCCCUUCACCCCCCUGCACACUGACAUAGGAGGACACAUCACCACACAAGAAUCCCUGCAAUGUCCUUUGGGAGAGACAUGGAACUCGAACAUUUUGAUGAGCGUGACAAAGCGCAAAGGUACAGCAAAGGGUCCAGAGCGAAUGGUUUGCCAAGCCCAACUCAUAGUGCCCAUUGCAGUUUUUACCGAACCCGUACUCUGCAGGCCCUGAGCUCAGAGAAGAAGGCUAAGAAAGUCAGAUUCUUCCGCAAUGGUGACCGAUAUUUCAAAGGGAUUGUCUACGCCAUUUCCCCGGAUCGCUACCGGUCCUUUGAGGCUCUCCUGGCUGAUCUGACCAGAACUCUUUCUGACAAUGUGAAUUUACCGCAAGGAGUGAGAACAAUCUAUACUGUGGAUGGAAAUAGGAAGGUUAUCUCCAUGGAUCAGCUUGUUGAAGGUGAAAGUUAUGUGUGCGGAUCCAUUGAGCCUUUCAAAAAAUUGGAUUACACAAAGAAUGUAAAUCCCAACUGGUCAGUGAAUGUGAAGACCACCGUCAGCCCUCGCUCAGGGCAGCCUCUGGCUUCCGCCAAGCCCAGCACCUCCGAUGGGAGAGAGGGCAAAGAUUUUAUCAGGCCCAAGCUUCUUACAAUCAUUAGAAGUGGGGUGAAGCCACGUAAGGCCGUCCGCAUUCUCCUCAACAAGAAAACAGCCCAUUCUUUUGACCAAGUUCUGACUGAUAUAACCGAUGCCAUAAAACUGGAUUCUGGAGUGGUAAAACGCCUCUAUACACUGGAUGGGAAACAGGUGAUGUGCCUUCAGGAUUUCUUUGGUGAUGAUGACAUUUUUAUUGCUUGCGGACCAGAAAAGUUCCGUUACCAGGAUGAUUUCUUGCUGGAUGACAAUGAAUGUCGGGUUGUUAAAUCUACUUCAUACACCAAGCUUCCAAAUAUACCACGUCGGAGCGCAACCAAGAGCCCGGGACCAUCCAGGCGCAGCAAGUCUCCUGCAUCAACUAGUUCAGUCAAUGGGACCCCAGGGAGCCAGCUUUCUACUCCUCGCUCUGGGAAGUCGCCAAGCCCAUCACCAACCAGCCCGGGAAGCCUGCGCAAACAGAGGGGCUCCCAGCACAGUGGCUCCUCUACCUCAUUAGCAUCCACCAAAGUGUGCAGUUCCAUGGAUGAAAGUGACAUCUUAGCAGAAGACUUUUUGGAUGAAGGGUUCCAAGUACCAGUGUCUAUAGCAGAAAGAUACAAAGUUGGAAGGACCAUAGGAGAUGGAAACUUUGCCAUUGUUAAAGAAUGUGUAGAAAGGUCAACUGGCAGAGAAUAUGCACUGAAAAUCAUCAACAAAAGCAAAUGUCGAGGAAAGGAGCAUAUGAUCCAAAAUGAGGUGUCCAUUCUGAGAAGAGUGAAGCAUCCCAAUAUAGUGCUGCUUAUUGAGGAGAUGGAUAUGCCAAAUGAACUGUAUCUGGUGAUGGAACUAGUAAAGGGAGGGGAUCUGUUUGAUGCUAUCACUUCUACUAACAAAUACACAGAACGAGACGCUAAUGGGAUGCUAUAUAACCUAAUGAGUGCCAUCAAAUACCUGCACAGCUUGAACAUUGUUCAUAGAGAUAUAAAACCUGAAAACCUGCUGGUGUAUGAACACCAAGAUGGAAGCAAAUCACUAAAGCUUGGAGACUUUGGACUGGCCACUGUGGUGGAUGGACCUCUAUACACUGUGUGUGGGACCCCAACAUAUGUAGCUCCAGAAAUAAUUGCAGAGACUGGGUAUGGAUUAAAGGUGGAUAUAUGGGCUGCUGGCGUAAUAACUUACAUCCUACUGUGUGGCUUUCCUCCAUUCCGUGGAAGCGGAGAUGACCAGGAAGUACUUUUUGAUCAAAUCUUAAUGGGACAAGUGGAUUUUCCAUCACCUUACUGGGAUAAUGUGUCUGACUCUGCAAAGGGACUAAUCACCAUGAUGCUGCAGGUUGAAGUAGACCAAAGGUAUUCUGCUCUGCAGGUUCUUGAACACCCAUGGGUCAAUGAUGAUGGUCUCCCGGAAAAUGAGUACCCACUGUCAGUGGCUGGAAAGAUAAAGAAGCAUUUCAAUACAGGUCCAAAGCCAAACAGCACUACAGCCGGAGUCUCCGUCAUUGCAACCACCGCUCUUGAUAAGGAGAGGCAGGUUUUCAGACGAAGACGCAACCAGGAUGUGAGAAGGCGUUUCAUGGCCCAGCCAGCUGCACCAGAACUCACUUCAGAAUCAGAGGACUAUUCACCAAGCUCAUCUGAGACUGUUCGCUCACCUAACUCACCCUUUUAAGGAAACACUUUAAAUCUUGGCUUAACCCUUCGAGACGUCAGAAUGGAAGCCGUUUAGAAAUCUGUUGUGGACAUUACAAUUUAUGAUGUUUCUAGGUGUGAAAGAGAGAGCAAGUAAGGCGGGUGAAAGCAUGAUAUCUUUUGGAUGUCUUCAGCACUAUAGGGUAAAUGUUUAUGUGUUAAAUUUACUGAUGAAUGGAUGACAAGGCUGCAAAAUUCCUGGCGGCCAAAUGCAGAGAGAGCAUAGGGUUGGCGCUCAGUAAAAUUGCGACCUUUGAGCAGAUAUGGAAACACGUUUGACUGUGAAAAAAUUUGUGAAAGAGCAGGUUAUAACACAGAGAUCCUUUUAUGACAUUCAAUAGUUCAGAGGUAAGUUUUGUUCAUUUAUUCACAGCUGAGGUAGGUCAUGAUGGGUUAUGGUUUUAAUGGUUCUAAAAAACAAUCAGAAUUGGAAAAGCUCAGACUCUGAGUGUAUGCAUGCUUGAACACAGAUAUAUCCUUAAAAAUACAGUUGCUAGAAUGGAUUUUUCACCUUCAUGUGCUUUAAUUUUUUUUUU